CAACCCCGAGACCUCUCUCUUCUUCAUCUCUCUCUGUACUCACUCUCAUGUCUAUCCCUCUCAUCCUCCCGCGAGCCUCACCCAUUAUCAACCUCGUGCCUGCACCGCCUUCACCAUCAUUACCCCAUCAUCUUUCCCUCUCUUUCGUCUCUGCGGGACACAAAGGAACCCAGAUAAGCUCUCUGGCGGGAUUUUUCCUUUUCCUCCGGUUAGGUUUUGAAGACGGGAACGGCGCGGGGGAAGCACACCCAUUUUUCUGGCGAACCCGUGAGCUUCGAGGGAAUUUCCAGUCACCUCCGACCGUGUCACGGUUAUUUGAGGGUGAAGUUGCUAGUGAAGAAAUUCUAAAUCCUGAUUCGCAUAACUCUUCUGCUAAAGAAUAUUUAGGACAAUAUGCUGCCUGGGGCGAGGAUCUGGUGUUGGCAUUUAGGUCGGGAGAAAUAAUCUCUAACUACGAGCUUAAGGACAUGGAGCAAGCAUUAAGCCGGGAGUUGGUAAUCUCUGGAUACGGGCGCAGAGACCACGGAGCAGGCAUUGGGCCGAGAGUUAUAUUUAUUCAGUGAUCUUUCUAGCAGCACAUCGUGCUUACGAGACGAUCUUUUAUACGUUUACUGUUUUGAUUUCCGCGAUGUUGUUCCGCGAUAUGACUUUUGAGAUAUUUUUUGGCAUGCUAGGAUUUUGAUUAAAUCCA